CUUUUUGCCUUUGACGUCCCUCUCUCUACUUUUUUUCAACCCCCUCCUCUGCAUCCUCUACAACUUCUCACUCUUCCCAAUUCUUUCCCUUCCACAAAAAAGUCCACCAACUUCGACUUUGGUCUUGGACUUUGCCUGCAGAGCCUCUUGCGCAUCAUCCUUUCUCUUCCACCGACCUAAAAUCUAUUUCACUUCAGUCAAUCAUUCAAAAUGGCGGACGAGUUCGAGAUCGACAACCAGGGUGACGCUGGCGCGUCCAACACCUUCCCCAUGCAGUGCUCUGCUCUGCGAAAGAACGGUGCCGUCGUGAUCAAGGGCCGCCCUUGCAAGAUCGUCGACAUGUCCACCUCCAAGACCGGCAAGCACGGUCACGCCAAGGUUCAUCUUGUCGGUAUCGAUAUCUUCACCGGCAAGAAGCUCGAAGAACUUUGCCCCUCCACCCACAACAUGGAGGUCCCCGUUGUCAAGGUCAAGCAGUACAACUUCUCCCACGUUGAGGAUGGCUUCCUUGUCCUCCAUGACAUAAACACCAGUGAGGAGCGUUCCGACAUCAAGGUCCCCGAGGGUGAUAUCGGCAACAAGAUCGAGGCUGCUGAUGAGAGCGGUAACCCCCUCGUCAUCACCAUCCAGUCGGCUAUGGGCGAGGAGGCUGCCAUCAAGGCUGACGAGACCAGCCAGAAGGACUAAGUCUCCAAUAAGGGGACUUAGGACUCAUGCGGAUAACGUCAAUAGAUCCGCAAUCGGGAAUUAAAACCUCUGCCAACUUGGACAUCAUCUGAAAAGGAGAUCAUAGAACUAGGAAACUAGUGGUGAAGUUCGCUAUGGGAACGCUUAUCAUGGUCGGUUCUUUAUGGGGUUUCUAUAUGGGAUGCUAGUGUCCACAGCAAGGGGAAUGGAAUGAGUUAUACGACAAUCCUACGGAUUUCGCAUACGUCCCCAAAUCUCUUUUUGAGAAAAUGAAAAAAAUGAUGUGCAUGGUGAGGAUCUCAGUAGAGUCUAGGUUCAUUUUUAUUGGUACUUGACUUAUCCUGCACAAUUUACGAGAUCUCACAUUA